CCGGAAUCUUGCCGCUCGAGAUGAACCUCCAGCACACCGAAUGGACCAGGCAUGGUGCGUUGUCGUGGCUGUUGAGACGAUCAGCGCAGUGAGCCGUUAAACUUCAAAGAAGUUGGAGGACAAAGCCGGGCAGAUUAGAUAAGAUGUGGGGCGCCAGUGUUUGGCGCGGCUAAGCGAAGGCGCAGCAACGGCGAAAGGGAACUGGCGUGGUUCGUGCGUUUCUCUCUUAUACCACGUCCUCGGGUCGCAAGUCCACUACCUCAUUCCUUUCCUCCGGUGGCGGCUCUUCCUGGGUGGUAUAUCGUACCCUCGUCCCUCUCAGACCCCACCGUCGCUCUUUACACCAACGCUCUUUCGCUAUGUCCGUCUUUGCUGCUGCUGCGACCAACGGUUCGACCGCCGCUCCUGCACCUGUCGCGGCCGGCCCCGUAGUCAACAACACGGAGCUGGUCUUCAACGUGGACCUCUUUCUGCUAUGUGCCGUCGCUAUCUUCGUUCUCAUGCUCUUGCCCCGCGCCGCGGUUCGUUUCACGCACAAGCGCGAAUGGACCAACGGCCACUUCCUGCACUCGGUCGCCGUCACCGGCGUAUCUGCUAUCAUGCGCCGUCCCUCCAAGCGCGAUGCUGUUCUCUCUCCCUUCCCUGCCGCGCACUUCCCUGGUCUCAAGCACCCGCAGCCGGAAGGGAAGCAGUUCGAGCUUGAGGAGACGGAGCAGUGGGCGUCGACCACAGACGCCUCGCACACGUAUGCGUCGCAUGCCGAUCUCGUGCGCAAGGCCUCAACUGCCACUGGGCGCGAGCGCAGGCGGCAGAACGUCCCUACGCACAUGCCUGGAUGGUCCACUAUGCUCCCAACCAUCGCGGCUUUCCUGCGCACCACUAUUCGCCCUGGCCUGACUAUCGGUAAGGGCUUGGUUGAGCUGACAUACUUUUCCGUCAUGCUCUAUGCCGGUCUGUACAAGUCGAACCCGUUCACGACGCCUAUCCGCGCCGGGUUCGUCGCUGUUAGCCAGAUCCCGAUGGUUGUUGCCCUCGGUACCAAGAACAACGUCGUCGGGAUGCUGAUCGGCUUUGGUUACGAACGGUUGAACUACCUCCACCGUUUCGCUGGCCGGAUGCUCGUCCUCGCGGCAAACGUCCACGCCAUCGGCUACUUCUAUUCCUGGACCGCCGCUGGCAACUUCGACAAGUACAUCAAGCAGCCCGACAUGCAGUGCGCCCUCGUUGCACUCAUUGCAACGGACUUGCUCCUGCUUCUCUCGACCAACAUGUUCCGAGAGAAGUUCUACAACUCCAUCUUCAUCCCCUCCCACGUCAUCUCCGUCAUCACGUUCCUCGUAGCGGUCUGCUACCAUGUCCCGUUCGCGGUGCCUUACGUCCUGUUUGCCGUCGGGUUCUACGGCCUUGACCGCCUCAUGCGGCUGGUCAAGUCCCGUGUCGCUACCGCGCGCCUCCGCCCUCUCCCUGAUCUCGGCAUGACUCGCGUUGAGAUCCCCGCGAUCAACGCCGGAUGGCGCGCUGGCCAACACGUCCGUAUCCGCGUCCUGUCCCUCGGUAUGGGUUACCGCCGUUGGGCCGAAGCCCACCCUUUCACCAUCGCCAGCGUUUCCCGCUCUGCCAGCGGUGAGGGCCUCGUGCUCAUGGUCAAGAAGGCGGGCGACUGGACGAACAAGCUGUUCGAUCUCGCUCAGCGGGCCGACUACGGCGAGGCGAACCGCAUCGGCAGCAACGUCCGGGUCAUCAUUGAGGGCCCGUACGGCGGCCCCGGCCAUGCCAUCUUCGGCAGCUUCUCUGGCGCAAUGUUCGUCGCGGGAGGCAGCGGUGUCACCUUCGCGCUCGCGGCGGUCCAGGAUCUCAUGAAGAAGGACCUCGAGUACAAGUCGCGCGUACGCGCGAUGGAACUCGUCUGGUGCAUCCAGGACCCCGCCGCGCUCCAGCCGCUCAUCCCGCUCUUCUCGACGCUCAUCGCCCAGGCGCAGCACUCGUACGCAACCCUCCGCAUCUCCGUGUUCUACACGCGUGCGCCGAAGAACCCCGAGGUCGUGAAGUCGUACCGCCUCCCCCCUGGCCUGACGCUGUCCCCCACGCGUCCCAAGCUCCCUGGCAUCCUCUCUGGCGUCGUCGACCGCUCCGCCGCGCUGUUCUCCGGUGGAGGCAAGGAGCGCCGCCGCGGUGGUUCUGCCCUCACCGGUGUUAUCGUCGGCGUGUGCGGUCCUGCUUCUCUCGGCGACGAGGUCCGCAGGGCCGUCGCCGGCUUCCCGGCGGACAGGCGCAAGGCCAUCGGCGGCAUCGAGCUACACGAAGAGGCCUUCGGCUGGUAAACGGACAACACAUCAUCAACACACCGCCUAUGCGCGUUGCCGCGGGCGACACCCGACGUCCUCGGCAUCUCCGCAUCCCUAUUCUCGGCUCUCCUCUCUGAUAUCGUAUCGUAUCUGCGCUCUCCCCCUUUCUUCUCUCGUCUUAACUUCCGUUGACAACGGUCCACUCACCACCCCCGUAAUGGUGCUGUGGCAGGCUGUGCGGGCGCCGCGCGCUCGCGCUACGUUACACCUUACCUACAUACACGCACACACACUCAGUCUGCAUAUAGAAGUCUGCGACCCGAUGCGCUGUUUGUGUCUGCCUGUCGGCUAGGCUUUUUCUUCUUGUUCUUUUAUUGCCUCUGUUAUUGUCGAGCGCACGCGCUGUUACGACACUGUACUU